AUGGAGGCGAUACCGGUUCAUCUAACAGACCAGCCAAACCCUAUCGACAGGCUUCGCUCUCGCACAUUUUUUAUUUUGCCAAACAAGCUUGACAAUGAAGUUCUGAGAAAUGCGCUUGAUAGACUCCUCAGGAAUCAUUGGCGGAAGCUUGGGGCGCGACUCGUCUUGUCACCCUCCACCAAGCUUCUAGAGUAUCGUGUUCCGUCCUCGUUUGAUGAGAACUACGUCCUCUUCAACUGGUCUUCAACAACCAAUGCUGAAUCUAUCCAGAGGGUUGAGGAGCUGUCCCCUUUUCUGUCACCUAGCCAGAAUGUUUCUUUCUUGCCAUCCAUGAAUGUCAUCGACAAGCUCUUUCGGCCAGCAGACUGGCCCUUCGAGCGAAAGGACGAGCCGCCCAAUGCACCCCUCCUAUACGUUCAUUUAACCAUCUUCAGCGAUGCAUCAGUUGUGGCCAUGAGCUGUCCGCAUGUAUUGGCUGAUCAAUUCGGAGUGGCCAAUAUUGUCAAGGCCUGGCUUACAGUCGCUCGCGGAGAAUCGCCGCCUGACAUGCUGGGCUAUCGCGACGACGUGCUCCCACCAGGACACCCAAUUAUUGAUUUCAUUGAUAAAGAGUCCAGAAAGGGCAUGAUGCGAGUCAGAGGGAAAAGAGACCACACUGCAGUGAUGGCUGGCAUUGUCCUUGACCUUGUGAAAGCCAGGGAGGAGGAAUCUCAUAUCGCCUUUGUUCCCCUCCAACUGGUAGAGAGAUUACGAGAACGAGUAUCAAGAAUUCUAGCAGAGAAGGAUAAGUCUCCGCCAGUUAUUAGCAAUGGGGAUAUCCUUACUGCCAUCUUUACCAAGAUGACUCGACACGAUAGAUCAGAGUAUUCUCUGAACCUUUCUCAGACUGUCAAUCUACGACGUCGUGUCCCGGGAUUAUGGGACGACGAUGGCGACCGAUUCAUCCACAAUGCCCUGCAUUACGCCACAGCAAAUUUCAAGAUCAGCGCAACUACCCCGUUGCACGAAAUCGCUCUUCAUAAUCGCAAAGCUAUCAAUAAGGCCUUGGAGCGGUCUGAGAUCGAAGUCGGGUUGGCGGCGCUGCGAGAUGUGUCCAAGCGGAGGCAGUUCAUGCUCAUUUGCGAACCAUUCGAAAAGCUGUACAGCGUUUCAAACUGGUGCGGAGCGUGGAAAGGCAUCGACUUUUCCGCAGCAGAGACAGAGCCGCAAGCGAAAAGGGAGCAUGCCUGGGAUAUGCUUGUACUUGGCCAAAGUAGGCCCGCCAAAUCGCCUACACGAUACCGGCUGAGCAUCAUGUGCAAGACCAAAGAGGGGUUCUGGUGUGACUUUGCGGCUCCGGUUAAGAUAAUUGCAAGGAUAAAGGAGCAUUUGGCGAAGGACCCGUUGUUAGAGAGGCUCUGA